AUGGCCCAAGAGGGGCUUGGAGUGCGGCGCGACCCUCAAAAGCUCACAACGAGGAGAGCAAGGAGGUCGCCGUCCGGCUCUGCGUCUUCACUGCCCCUCGUUCGUCAACUGCGGUCUCGAGGCGAAGCACUGUUUCAACUACAUGGACGAUGGAUCUCUAAACACCAAAUUCGCACCUUGCUGCUCUGCUCGCUCGUCAUCACCUCUCUCUUUUAUCCCGCCGUGGGCAUCUACUUUUGGGCAUCUAAAGGUGGCCCUGGUGUCUCGAGAGGCGAUGCCAAGAGCGUAUGGAGGUCGCUCAGCACCCCUUUCAUGGACUCGUUUGCCAGCAGCGGCCGAAAGCACGUCAACGCAUUGAGUGACCUUCGCAUGGUGUGGGACGAUGCACGCGACCUUCAAGCUGUCGACAUCAGCGACGCCAAGGUCCUUCUCGAUCACCGAACACGGCAAUCUUCAUCUUCCGCUGGCAUUCUAGCCCAUCCAUUUUCGCGACCGCGCUGCCGAUCGAUCCGUGUCGAACAUGUCUUUAUCACCACCGACGAUGUCAUGGCAGGCAGAGGCCCUCGAUUCGGCGUGCUCGAGAAACGUAUUCUCAAUUCAGCGCUCCAGCUGCAAAAGUCGAUUGAAUCGGAAUUGGCAGAUGCCCAAGAUGACGACAGCCGCAAGUCUGGCUUGGUCUGUGUACAAGCACGCACCUCCUUUCCCGGUCGACAGACUACCUUCGGCAAGGAGGCGGCCUGCCUGACGUUAUCGCCGCUUGAAUACUGGAACUUGGACUCGCAAGCCAUCCUGAAAGAUGACACGCCUGCGCUUUUUGUCGCUCAUUCCUCGCUCAAUCGCACCAGAUUGGGGGCCCCAAUGUCUCCUUCCACCACUCUGGCCGGGCGGUGGCAUCUGUUCAAGCGAUUGCCUCGAGCCGAAUUCCUCGCCUUUACUUUUUUCUUGCACAACGACCAUCCUGCCGCAUGCUCCAAUGCAGAAUCUUCUCCAUCUGUGGCCAAGCCAAUCUCCUCGUCAGCCGCUCAAGCAAGCUGGCAAGAUCUCCUCACUCGAGUCACGGGCGGUCAGGUACGGCUCAUCGCGUCGCCUGAAAGCAUCUCUCACAAUCUCGUCCUGCAAUUCGCUCCGCACGCAGCUGCAUCCAAGCGCAAGCCUACACACAUCUUCCUCUUGACAGCUUACGCCUUUGUCAUCAUCUACAUCUCGCGUGGCCUCGUCAACUUGCGUAAAGUUCACUCGCGCUUCGGUCUUGCAUUUACCGGCACCACCCAACUGAUCAUCAGCAUGAUCAUGAGUGUUAGCAUCUGUGCGCUUCUUGGUAUCCGACUCACCCUUGUUCCUUGGGAACUCCUGCCUUUUGUCAUUGUCGUCGUUGGCUCGGAGAACAUGUACAGUCUCACCAAGGCCAUCGUCGACACGCCGCUAUCCCUUACAGUAUCGUCACGCAUCGCACACGGUUUGGGCAAAGUGGGCGUGCCCAUCACCCUGACCACGCUCGCAGAUAUUCUGCUGCUGCUUGUCAUCGCUCUCUUCAUCGAGGUGAGAGCUGUGCGCGAGUUUUGCAUCUUUGCCAUUUUCUCACUCAUCAUGGACUGGUUCCUGCAGAUGACCUUCUUCGUCACCGUCCUCAGCAUCGACAUGCAACGUCUCGAGCUGGCCGACCUUCUGACGCAAGGCACUCGACUGAGCAGGAAGCAGGAGCAUCUUUCACACUCACACGAUAGCACUACCCACAGAAGCACCAGCGGCAGCGAAGAUGCAGAUGGUGACGCUCAUUCUGACGCGAGGAAACGCGGUAGUGUCAUCGGAGUACCUGCCAGAUCUGGCAACAUUGUCGUUGCAGCAGUGUCCAAGUUGUGGAAGGCAAGGACCGCCAGAACUGCAAGUCUCACCCUCAUCCUCGUCUAUAUGGGUGGGCUUUACCUUUACUAUGGGACAGGUUUCCCAAGCCAUCAGCAAUCGAGCUACAUCCUUCCGGACGACUGGGAUACAACUCGUCCCACUCCGUCCUCGAAUAGCGCCUUUGAUCCAUUUGGACAUCUCGAUACCAAGCUCAAUCCUUCUUUGCCUUGGUGGACGUCGUCGCCGAGCGCGGACUUCUGGACCUCACUCAACCCCAUGGGCGCUCAAGAGCUGCGAAUUGACGUCAGGCCGUGGACCAUUCUCUCGCUUCGUUCAUCUACCGAGGGACAGGCCCCUCCGUCUGUUGCCACUUUUGCAGACUGGGCCUUAUUCCGUCCUAGAAUUCGAGCAGUCGUCUGGUUUGUCAAGCUCGUCAUCCUUCCAAUUUCUGGCACCACAGCGCUACUCUGGAUGUUGUUGCUCUACCUGCUCAAAGAUACUGAGCUUCUUGACGCACAGCGGGACAAAUCCGAAGCGGAUCCCUCCGAGGGGAUGAACGGAUGUACAGCCCCUACCUCGCCGUUGUCUCUUGAACCCAAAACUGCGGUCAUCGCCAACGCUCACUCCUGUGAUAUCGAAUAUCUCGUUCAGGACGGAGGGCUUGCAGCCUCGAUUGAUAAUGGUGGAGACAUUCACAUUUGGAGAGUCGACGGCGGCAACGCAUCGAAUGAAGAUUCGCGACGAAGAAGCACGAUUGGCAGAGCACGUUCGGGGCUUGCACUCGAACAGAGCGUUUUCGUAGCACUGGCACUCUCAGCCGAGGCAGGCUGGUUGGCCAUCGGAUAUGCAUCGGGUAGAGUGCUGUUCCUCUCCGCUGAGACUUUGGAGCCAAUUUGGGAUUACAUUGUCCUUGAUUCGGCCUCGCCCAUCACUAGCUUGACGCCGCAGCACCAAGAAUCCAUGCACCGCCUCGACACGGCUGUUGCGCUGUCGGCCCACUGCGACGGCACGAUUCGCGUUUGGAAUGUAGCACGAAAAGAGGUCAAGCUGGUUACAUCUCGAACCCAACUUGACUCCCGGUUGCGCUGGCGAUCCUUGAAUGUCCUCGUGGCUGCGGGCCAGAAUCCGAGCGCCAACAUCAUCAGCAGUAGCACAGCCAAUGGCAGUUCAGUCAGCUCGGCGUCAUCUCGAACACCUUUGAUAGGCUUUGCAACUUCUGACGGCCAAUUUCAUAUUCGAGCAGUAGAGUCGGGAGGCGUAAGCACCAAGACCGUGUUCACUCUCAAGAUGGAAGACCGCGGCCAAAUCUGCUCGGCGCUACUCUGUCAGCUGUCUAGUCGACCGUCUGUGGCAGACGAGGCACCGCUGUUGAGAAACACACUCCUCCUCGGUUUCGCCAAUGGGCGAGCACAGCUGAUUGACUCGGAUUCAGCCGAAAGCAUCAGCAGCGUCGACUUGGACGAUGGGCCUGUAAUAGGCCUUUCAGCCAUGGACUCUGGCGAGGUCAGCACUUCUGCGUUCAUCGCACAGACCACAGGUCGAGCUUCACUGCUCGUUGUCUCGAGCGGUCCUUCCGCUGGAGCUGCAGUGAUGGAGAAGAGCGGGUCCAUUCACAGCAGCUUGAGCGCGGUGGCAUCCGGCUCACCCCUCCGCAUUCGCACGCCGAACGGAUCUAGCACGAAUGCUGCUAAUUUCUGGGCAGACGUCUCGACACCGCCGAGUCCUGCCUCGGAGCUUACGAAUCCAAUGGCGUACCCGAUGUCGUCGCAUGGAUCGGCUUCUAGGCUGCGUCGCGCAAGUGCACACAUGCGAGAUCGCAGCGGCACGGGCGCAUCGGCCGAUGGUAGCUCUCAGACUUUGGCAGCCUCAUCGAGCUUGUCGGUCUUCCCGAACACGCCACCGCCUAGCGGAACCAUGCAGAAGUCGGAUGACCGCCAGCUGAGGUUUCUUGGCUGGGUUCGAUGUCAGAGAGGCGGAAGCUUUGCCGCUGGGGCUGGAAGCCUACUCGUCGGUGUUGGUCGAGCGCCGAGGAGCUCGACUCAGAGCCGAUGGGAGUGGUGGGCGCUUGACCUGCGCGAAGAACUGAUUCUCGGACGCGGCGGAGAACUUAUGGUGCCACGUCAGCCAUUACUCCUCACGUCGGAACAGGUAACCAGGAGGCCGUCGCCAGGUCGUCAAUCUCUGCAACAUUCGCGAACAGGACGGCGCUCACUAGAGAUAUCGCUCGAUGAUGCGUUGUCGUUCUCACGCCUGCAUCCUGUGCAGGGUCUCUCAACGUCUCAGCGCCAUGAGACUGGCCUCAUCUUUGGAUUUGGAGGCUCGAUUGGCGUGCUCCGCAUCUAUUCAAAGCCAGCCUGA